AUGUCAAACCAAUCGGGGAUUACUGCUUCACAAGAUCUUGUGGACUCAUUCAGUCAAUUUAUUAAGGAUACUUCCGGUAACCGGGCGUUGCUUUUGAAGAUUGCCAACGAGACCGUGGUAGUUGAUCAGCAAAUUGCCGGCACGCUGUCAUUUGCCAAUGAUUGGGACCUUGUGGCUUCACAAUUGACCACCACUGAUCCUCGUUAUAUCUUCUAUAAGAACGAUACGGCGCAUCCUAGAUACUUGAUUUUUAUUUCGUAUGUUCCUGAUUACGCGCAAAUCAAAUCGAAGAUGCUUUACGCGAGCACCAAGAGCACGUUGCUCAGACAAUUGGGGAACCAGGAUAUCAUCAAGAAACACUAUCUUGUGAACGAUUUGGACGAGAUAUCUUAUAAAGGGUACCAAGAGCAUGAAAGAAGCGAGAAGUUGGAGGCACCAUUGACUGAGAGCGAGCGGUCGUUGAAGCAGAUCAAUGAAUCGGAGGUCAACACUUUGUUUUUCAACCAAACCGGAUCAUCGUCGACUUCGAUUAAACGCUCAUUGGUGAGAAUGGAUCAUUCUUCUAAUAUGAAGGGGACAAUGAUCGAUGAUGAUGUGUUUGAGAAAUUACUAGGAAAUGGGACUUUUGUCCCAGGGACGCUCGUUUCUACAAAGAUCAAUUCAAAUGAAACGAUAUACUUUGUGGAUUCGUACUCGGGGAUCACUCCUCCAGAAGUUUCACAAGCCAUUGGAAAGGUUGAUGGUCCACAAUUUAGUUUUUACAAGAAUACUUUGAACAAUAUUUUUUUCAUUUAUACAUGUCCUUCGGGCUCCAAGAUUAGAGAUAGAAUGCUUUAUGCGUCAACUAAACAAGGAUUUUUGGCUAAUUUGAAAGAAAAGGGUAUAGUGAUCAAUAAGAUUGUUGAAAUUGGGGAUCCUAUUGAGAUUGAAGUUAGUGAUUUGGAAGAAUCGCAUGCUGCCGCAACAGGUAGUAGCUCUGGUGCCAAUCAACAAGGUGGGGUUGAUACUAGCUCAAUAGCCAGUGUUGUGUCAAGUCAAUUGAAACUCAAUAAACCAAAAGGACCACGUCGUCGUUAG